UAUCUGUGAUUGUUGUGUGAGCGCGUAAAUACGGAAUUUUUAUUGAUUUUGAACUCAGAAAAAUAUUUCAAUACUUUACCUGAGGUCAAUUAUUACAUUUGAAAAGCUGACGGAAUAGAUAUUGUAUAAACAUUUUUAGGAUAUCGAUGUCUACACAGUCGAAAACAAUGCCGUUGAUUGAUUUAAAAGUGUACAUACGCGUAGUCGCUGCGGUAUUUUCGAUAUCUUCGGCCACAGCUUUUGUAAUGGCCCUUCUGCGUCUCCUCAAUCCAGAACUCUUCUACUUAGAAUCAUUAGAUCAUACAGAUAAGGCAAUCCACUACUUCAUCAGUGGCAUGAUGCUGAUAACAGGCGCCAUUGGGUUUCUCAACAGUCUCAUAGUGAUGAACCGCAGUGCUACCCUGAACACGGGCCGCAAUAUCACAGUGUGGCUGCUACUGGACUCGCUGUUCGAGACCUCUCGCGUGGUGUAUGUGUUUGUGUGCGAGAUCAUUAUAAAGGGCAAAGGGACUUGGCAAGUGUACGAGCUGUUGAUCAGUGUGGCGCAGUACUUGCUGGACAGCUUUCUGUACUGUCAGAUGAUACUCAGACACUAGUAUUGGCUGUUAUUUUUUAUUUUAAAUUGUUACUUGUUGAUAAUCACGAGCGAAGACAGGUUACAUUCCAUUUGCUAGCUGUAAUUAUAUAUUGAGAUUUAUGAGCAUUCCGAGCUUUAAAAUUGGUGUAAAACCAGCAAUUUAUAAAGUUAGGUAAUAAAACCAUAGUUUAAUUAAUGAUAUUGACUGUAGACAAAUAAUAGAGUAAAUAUAUAACUGUCUGUAAAGUUGUCAUUCGCUCGUUUAGUGUAUAGAUCUUAGACAUUCCUAUCUUGAAUAGACUUCACAUUACUAUGAUCUCUUUUUGAAAUUAAGUAUUAAUCAAGUGAUAUUAUUAUAGUGUUAGACACGUUUUGUAGUUUGUAUUCUAAAAUGUUCACUUCAUGAGUUUACCUUUCUCGUGUUUUAAAUCAUGUUUUAUAUAGCCAUCUAUGUGAAGAUAUUUUUUAUAAACUAUGAGUUAUAUCAAUAAUUUGGCUUCUUUGUUUUCAUUUCAAGAGCACGCAAUAUUUUUUAAUGAUAAUUACUUAUUUAUAUUAAUGUGAUAUGGUUAGUAAACAUCCAAAUAUUGAAAAUAAAUGGCCAAAUUUUAUUACCACUUACAAUUUUAUUUGAUAUCAAUCACGAACAAUGAUUGUACAUGAAAUGUAUCUACCUCAUGAAGUGACGCCUUUCCCCUACUUCUGUGAUGUACCAAAUCUAGUGUAAUCGAGAAUUAUAUUUAGGUGUUCUAAGGGUCGAUUUUUCAAAACUUAGACCGUACCACAAAUAUAUAACUGCUGAAUAAUUUUGAAUUUUCUUUUUAAUUCUUUUUACUCAACUGAACAGGUUUAUUAAGUACUUAUAUUAGAUUCGAUAUUAUUUUUCUAUUCAUACUUAUUGGUGUAAUACAAUGCAUAAAUGUUUGUUUUUAAUUGGUUAUUGUCUUUUCCAUUAUUUUGUACAAUAUUCUAGAUAUUUAUAUUAAUCGCAUUAAAUAUGCAUCAUUGUUGAAGAUGUUGCUAAGUUUUGAAAAAUAUGUCCACAUCGAAUUUUAAUUUUUGUUAAGUAAAUUUACGACUUUUAAAAAUUUUAAUUUAUGGUUUAGUGAGAUUUCAACUUGCAUUUUUAUUAUUGAACU